UGCCGCGCGCGGCCCGGCUGCCGACCCCUCCCCCUCCCCUUUCCUUAGGACCCCCUCCCCCUCCCCCCGGCCGCGCGCUCCACCCGCUCAGCCUGGGAUUUGUUUCUGAAUGCAGAGAGCAUGAUGGCUUCUGAGCUAAGCAGUGAUUCGGCCUCUGCUCUUGCUUCUCAAGAAACUGCUUCUGCCUCCUGUGGUUCUAACAGAGAGGAAGGUCUCCCUGAUGGUCUCAGCCCAAGAGAUACAUCUGUGCAGGAAAACAAGAGCUUGUCUCUGUUGAUAGGCUCUAGCGACCAAGUGAUAACCAAGGAGAAUAGCAAAGAUGUUAGUUUGGAACAUACAAAAAUGAAUCCUGGUUCAUCAGCAGGGGACUUGUUAUCUACCAUAGAGGACAAUGCAACUUUAGAAGACAACUUGGAAUCCACAGCUCUUGAUCUUCCUGGAAAUAGUUCCAUAGACAUUCAGGCUUUGUCCCCGGACACUGAAGCUUGUCAAUCCGAUUUGGAGGAUUUGGCCACUGUAGCAACAGGAGAGGAACAGACACACUCUGGGGAAAGCCUGCAGCCACUUCCUCUGUCCCAUGAGACAGAGUGCCAUGUGAACCAUCAGAAUACCUCCAGGGAUUGUUUAGAAGAGGAAUUACAAGCUUCUGCCCCACUGGAAGGUAGCGAAGAUACAGGCCUGGAUUACCGACCUCCACCAAAUGGGGAGAAUGGGGUUUCAGGAGACAGAGCUGGUCAGGAUGUGGAUCAGGAUGGCUCAUCCUUGAAGCUCUCUCAGAACAUUGCUGUGCAGACUGACUUCAAGACUGCUGAUUUGGAGGUGAAUACAGAUCAGGAUAUUGAAAAGAAUUUGGAUAAAAUGAUGACAGAAAGGACUCUGCUGAAGGAGCGGUACCAGGAAGUAUUGGACAAGCAGAGGCAGGUGGAGAAUCAACUUCAGGUGCAGCUAAAGCAAUUACAGCAGCGGAGAGAAGAAGAGAUGAAGAGUCAUCAGGAGAUAUUAAAGGCCAUCCAGGAUGUGACCAUCAAGCGGCAGGAAACAAAAAAGAAGAUAGAGAAGGAAAAGAAGGAGUUUCUUCAGAAGGAGCAGGACCUGAAAGCUGAAAUUGAGAAACUCUGUGAGAAGAACAGAAGGUUACUGGAAAAUCAGGAGGAGAAGGAGAAUAAAAUUGUUUCUCUAAUCGCAGAACAGGCUGAGGAAAAGGAGCUAUGGGAGAUGGAACUGGACAAACUUAAAAAUCAGGAUGGUGAGAUCAACCGGAACAUUAUGGAGGAAACUGAACGAGCCUGGAAAGCUGAGAUCUUAUCACUAGAAAGCCGGAAAGAACUGCUGGUAUUAAAGCUGGAAGAAGCAGAAAAGGAGGCAGAGCUGCAUCUGACUUAUAUCAAGUCAACACCUCCAACAUUGGAAACAAUCCGCUCCAAGCAGGAGUGGGAGACAAGAUUGAAUGGAGUUCGGAUGAUGAAGGAGAAUGUCCGGGACCAAUUUAAUAACCAUAUCCAGCUGGUGAGGAAUGGGGCAAAGUUGAGUAGUCUUCCACAGAUCCCUACCCCUACUCUGCCCCCACCUCCUUCAGAGACAGACUUCAUGCUUCAGGUGUUUUCACCUAAUCCUUCCCUGGCUCCUCGGAUGCCUUUCUCCAUUGGGCAGGUUACCAUGCCCAUGGUCAUGCCCAGUGCAGACCCUCGUGCUUUAUCUUUCCCAAUGCUGAACCCUGCUAUCUCAAGGCCCAACCAGCCCUCCCCACCUCUGCCUGUCACCCAUGGGAGAAACAGUCCUAGCUUGGCUUCUCUUGUUGGCCCCCAUGGUCCACAUGUGUCCCCUGCUCCCUCCCUCCCACCUCCACCAGGCUUGGGUGGUGUUAAGGCUCCCACUGAAUCUCACCGACCCCAGCCAGUGGACAAACUAGAAAAGAUCCUGGAGAAGCUGCUGGCUCGGUUUCCACAGUGCAACAAGGCACAGAUGACCAACAUCCUUCAGCAGAUCAAGACCGCACGAACCACCAUGGCAGGACUGACAAUGGAGGAGCUGAUCCAGCUGGUGGCUGCACGAUUGGCAGAGCAGGAGCGCUUGGCAGCAGGUGCUCAGCCCCUUGGUCGGAUCCGAGCUCCUUUGUUUCCUGCUCCUUUGGCUCAGAUAAACACUCCCAUGUUCCUGCCCUCUGCUCAGGUGUCUUAUCCUGGGAGGCCUUCACAUGCUCCAUCUACCUGUAAGCUGUGUCUAAUGUGCCAGAAGCUUGUUCAGCCCAGUGAGCUCCACCCCAUGGCCUGUGCCCAUGUGUUACACAAGGAGUGUAUCAAAUUCUGGGCCCAGACCAACACAAAUGACACUUGUCCCUUUUGUCCAACUCUCAAGUGAUGGACCUGGCUGGAAAGGAAGAAGAGGAGAGACAGAUAUGAACAGGAAGGAGAGGGUUCAAGAUUCUAGAGCUCUAUAUUUAUACAGCAGUGUGUACUCAUGCCAUGUACAUUUUUAUUAUAUAGGUAAUGUGUGUAUAGAAAGUCUGUAUGCAAACAUUCAUAAAUGAAAGUAUGUAUAUUAUGCAGAAUUUUCCGUUCCCCCUGGUCUUGCGGUUUCCCUUGGUGGUACAAGUUUUAGGAAAAAUAGUAUGCGAUGUUGCAUUGAAAUGAUAAGUGUUCUUGCCCAGAAUUAUUUUUAAAUACAUCAUAACAGACAACACCUAGGAAGCUGCUUUUGCUGUCUGACCAUAUUGCUUUGAUUUGGUUCAUCCUGCAGCUCUAUUUCCUUAUGUCUCAUCCCUUCUUGUAGAAAUGCAUCCUGGCAUUUGCUCAGCUGUCUAAUCAGAUACCUCAGUUAGAAACCUCAAGAAGUUUCUGCAUCAUCCUAGACAAAUUGAGACUUGAUAGAGAAAGAAAUGUAUUACCAGACAAUUUGGCUUUAGAUUGAAUAAUUUACUGUGUUAACAAUCAUUUUUACGUAGACAUUAGGUUUACAGAGUAUUGCGGUUUACAUCAGCAGAAUUGAAUUCACAGUCUGAGAAUAACAAUAUCAAUCAAAUCCCCCAUUCCCCUUGCCACCCCACUUCAUGGUAACAGGCAUUCUGUGUAGAGGUUGGCACGACCUACAGGUGUCUUCUAUGCCUUGCCCCCAUUGACUUAGGCCGUGCCCUAUCUCUGACACACCAGCUUUGAAUUCCUCACCUUAUCCCUUGCUUCUGGUCUCCCAAUCUAUAGAUUUCUAGUCUUUCCCCCUCCCCCCUAAGGUUAAGGCAGUUGGUUCACAACCAAGUUGUUUGGUGUCCUUGGGUGAGUUCUGAACAGGCACUGGGGUGAGGAGAUCUCUGUGCAAAUUCACCUAUAGAAUUAUCUUGGGGUAGUUUUUGUAAUUUUUGAAACAAGAGUGCUACUGGGGUCAUAUGUUUUUUGUAACUGGGGAAAAUAGAGACCAGAAUAGGAUAAGGAGGGGAGGCCAUCAGAAACCAAACCUCUUCAUGUCAUGAAUUUAAGAUUCCAGGCUGCAUUUUUUUUUUUUUUUUUAUUCCAUAUUGGGAAAAAUUGUACCUUCAUUAGAUCUCUGAAUCUUACUCUUAGCCAUUGAGCCCCCAUUCCUAUAGGACAUAAGGCUAUAUCUUUCCCUAGUGGAAAUCAUCCGGAUGAAAACCAAACACCAAUUUUCAUAAGUGUCUGGCCAUGUAUAAAAGAACCCAACUAUAUUAUUAUCGGUAACCUUUGGGAGAGUGUGGGUAGGUUAUGUUUUAUUUUUGCUGGAACCUUAUAGUAAUCACUCUCUAGAUGGCGAUGGCAGAAGACUUUUAGCCAUAACCAUUCAUAUCUCAUUUUUAUUUUUUGUUCUCUUAUCUUCCUUCCCAUCUAUUUUCCCAGGUGUCUUUUCUCCCUUUUCUUGUCUCUCUUAUCAAGAUUCAUUGUUUGGCCAUCAGGUCAAGGAAAAGAUUUAGAUGAGUCACCUUUGGCAUUUUUCAAAUGGUCUGCUGCUGCACUGGAACAGAAGUGAAGAGACUGCUCUAGUACCUAGGACUCAUGUCCUCCAUUUUUACCUCCUCCAGAUUUCUCUGGUUAAUAUUUUUGCCUUUUGUGAAUGAUGUCUCCCUCCUAACAAUUGGCUUUUACUCCGACUCCUUUGAGGCAGAAAAUAUGGUUGGUAGGAUUGAAGAUCAAUUCUUUGUUCUCUUUAGCUUACAUUUCUCUUUAUUCAUGACUUACCUGCCUCCCCUGAGAUUUGUAGCUUCUGGUCCACCUUUGCUACCUCUCAGUGUUUCUACAAGGCUAGGAACUAACUUGUAUAAGAACAAUAACUUCUAGUUAUCUCCAGAAAGCGUUUAGAGCCAAAAGAGUGAAGAGUGUGGGAUAGAGUAGAGGGAUUAACCCCCUUCUCCCCAGCAAAAGCCCAUGGAUAACCUAAUUUAGAGCAAGAUGACAAGUGCUUCUGGAGAGGUUGCUAUGGCAAGUAGAACCCCAGUGUUGCUCAGUUCUUUCCCUUUUGUCUUAACAACGAUUGUAAAACAACACCAAAGUUCCACCUACUGUCUUGUUUACUAACCUAUAAAUGUGGAAAGGCCAAAUGAGGAGGAUUGGAAAUGAGAUAGUGGCUUUUGAGUGUAGAAUUAAAAAAUAGAUAUAUACAUACAUAUCUUACAAGCAAGAAGCAGAUAGCGAGAGGAAUUUCUUUACAUUUAAGAGUUCAAAGUUGGUGGGGCAGCUUGGAGAAGGGAAUUAUAAAAAGAAGAAUUAAGUACAACCAGUUUUCUCUUUAAAAAAUAACAAGAGGGCUGCAAGACCAACUAACCAAAGUUGGUUUUAUGUCCUGGGAAGAGCUAGGAAAAGCCAGUUUUCCUCAGCCGUAGGGAGGGAUUAUAAAGCAGAACUUGGCCUUUUAGUUACACACGAGCAAUUCCAAAGAUUUAUUUACACACCCAAGUAAAGUCUCAAGCUAGAAGGAGGCUUUUAUUUUUGAGAUUUUUCUAUCAGUUUUGGGUGGUACAAAGUACCCCCCAUCAGCCAGAGCAGCACCAGAUGCAGUGGAAAAAAAAGGACCUCAAGUGUGGGUGGAGAAAUGAGAAGCUGUGGUCCAUUAUUCUCACUGUUAUUUGCUUAUGGCUUGUGGGGAGUUAACUGGGGUUCUGGUCCACAGAGUAGCCAGGCUGAGGCAGGAAACUCCAGAAAUGUCCCCAUGGGUUUUCUCCCCUCACCCUUGCCCUACCCCACACCCACAGAAAAGGAGGCCAGGCAGAUUCCAUGUAGACUGGCUGGG